UCAUGGUGCGGUUCAGCGGGGGCGGGGGGCUGGAGGCUCUGCAGAUGGAAACCACUCAAUUUCUACGGGCGUUCUUGUUUUCCUAAUGGGAAACGAUGGGAAGGCAGUGAAAUGUCGAACGUUCAGUAGCAAUUCUAUAUUAUAGCUCCCCUCACAUCAUAUUGGUCAUUUCUGUUAGAUUGUAGUGAAUCCUGAACGUUGUUUUUACGGCAUGUUUGUACGAGGUGAAGGGAACGGGGAUUGACAAUAGCUAGCAUUACGCCAUGGGUAUCCGAGGCGGUUAGCCAGCUAGCUGUUGUGUCUGAAUUGUUUGAUCUCAUGCAAGCAAUGGUAGACCAAUGUGAGCUAGCUAGCCUGGCUCCACAGGCCCGAUGAGGCUGCUGCGCGGGUCUCCAUCGUUGGCGAGGUGAUGAAUUCAUCAUGUUAGCUGCAACUCGUCUGGAAGGGGAGCCUGUGCUACCUACGAUUCUCUCAGAUGAUCAACAGCUUCACGCCAGACCUCCUCAUUUGCCAAGCCAUGGUUAUGCUAAAUGUUGAGCAAAUCCAUAGUCUUAACAUCAGCCACAGCCACUGGACAUCAGCUUGCAUUGGCAAGAUCCUCACAGCCUCACUGAAACCUGCUGGCCCACAGAUGGAUUGAUGCCUGAGAGCAGUUAUUGGCAACUCUGCCCUUCCUCAAAGUCUGGCCUGCAGGGUGUCCUAAGCUCCAGCUUCCCCCCCGGCCCUGUGCCUAUUGGACCUUCUACUGCCCACCUGCCGGAGGGGGACGCCCUGAAUCGUCCACUUGCUCCAAGCACCUCUGUGACGGACCUGUCUUUUCCCGGGCCACCCCCUCCCCCCCCGCCACCCCCCAAACGCCACUGUCGUUCACUGUCUGUACCGGAGGACCUUUCACGCUGCCGGUACACCUGGCGGCCGAGUGCCUCCAAGGUCUGGACACCAGUGAACCGUCGAUGCCACAGUGGAGGGGGCGCGGGGGGGCCAUGUCCGCUGCGUGCCCCCAGUUCCUCUCUAAAUUCUUCUCUGCAUUCUUCUUCCAGUCCCACCUUCUUCAGUUUGGCUCUUUCCCCAGAUUCCCCACUGCCAUGGAGUUUCCCGUGGGAUCCGAGUGACACUUCUGGAGGCGGUGCGUGUUGCUGCUUUUUCCCUUCGCCCUCCUCAUGUUCUUCCUCACCUUCUCCUCUUCACCCUCCACAUCCUCCACAGCGACGCUUCUCACUGUCUCCUGUACUCAUCCGUGAAGCCGCCGCACACUUUCUUCCACCGCCCCAGGUCCCCCCCCAGCCCCCGUCCCAUCCCCCAGCAGUGCCCGCCUCACCAUCAUCUGCGUGCAGCACUCCAUCUUCUGUGCGCCGUGCUCUUCCUCCUCAACUUCCACGCUGUCACUCUCAGCCUUGUGACUUACUCCUGCUUAAACCUGGUCUGAAGCGCCGCAGGGAUCCAGACCGACCAUGUGCGCGGCCUGUGCUAGACUUCGCAAAAAUGACACAGACCCGAAGCACAGAUCCCUUAAGCUGUUUGGAACGUGGUAAACUUGCCUGUGGAGGGGAUGUCUGCAUGGGCCUUGAGCCUUUUUUUGGAGACUUCAGAGGGUCAUGCUCGCCUGCUGAAGGCCUAGGAAGGACAAGUAUUGGACCACUGAGUGAAAGUGAUGAGGAAGAGGAGGAGAGAGAGGAGGCAGACUCUGCGCGUGAUGGGGGACAACAAAGUGUUUUUGAGAGGGAUUGUACUGAAUUAGACAUUACCCUCAUUGAGGAGAAUUAAACAGUCUAAAGGAUGCUAUUUUUCUCCCCUGCAUUGCCAGCGUUCAACACCUCUGUUCACCACCUGCUACACUACUCUGGCAGGCCUCUCAGGAACACUGCUGCUCUCUCAUGAGGCGUGCAGGUGUAAAAAAAAAUAAAUAAAUAAAUAAAAAAAAAAGAAAAAGAAAGGAAAAAAAUCUCAUUGAUGCAUUAAUGAAGACAUGUCGACUACUAUAAAUGAUUACAGGUAAUGCAGUUGGUCAUGGAUGCUGACCCGAUAUCAUAUUACAUUCCACAAUCAGUUGCUAAGAAACUCUUGAGGAUGUGAAUAUUAGAUGGCUGGGGACGCCAGCUGGUAAUUUGGUAGUUGUUCUCUUAAAAAUCACUGGCAGAUAGAACUUGAGGGGAACUGGUCUUUGGCUUCUUGCUGUCUUUCUUUUUCAUGUCUUUUUCUCUAAACAUGUUUUGUUAGUAAGAAUAGUCUUUCGUGGAUGAUAGUUAUGAAUACCAGUGUUUUGUUCAGUUUGAAUAAUAAAAAAAGGUCAACAUGAGAGCUGUAAUUUACUCUUCAGACCUCUCUACCUACUGAGAAAAGUCCAUCUAAUUCAGCAUAUAAGCCUUAAGAUGCCUUUUUUUCUUUAUUGAAAGACUCUUGAAGGAAAAUAAUUGUGUAUAUGUUGUCCUUCUUACUGUUACUUUUCUGCUUUUUUUAAUCUUUUAACCUGUACAAUGCAUUCCUCUAAAACUGAAUACAUUGAGUGAACAUCAGUUAAUGCACUGCAUUUGAGACAGAAACAGAAUGAACGAACCACUGUAUUCUGAAGGCACAUUGUAAUACUGAAUACAUUGUAUUGUACAGUGAGUAUUUGUUUAAAACAAAUUGAGUAUAAAGAUGGUAGUAUGAAGGGUGGAAGGUGUUUUUUCUGUCUUUUUUUGUUUAUGUGUAACAAGAUUGAAACUUCAGACUCAGUUUAUGCAUAAAUAAAGUUUAUUUGAAAUUA